AUGCAAUUAUCAGCUCGUUGUCUCGCCACGGGGCUUGGAGGCCUUCUCUUCGCCGCCGGCGCUGUCCAGGCCGGGGCUCAGCCCCAGUCCCAGUACUCGCUCGACACCACCUAUGACAGGAAAAACUUCUUCCAGGCCUUCGACUUCUUCACGGAGCCCGACCCAACGCACGGCUUUGUCGAGUACGUCGACCAGGCCACGGCCCAGCAAGACGGCCUCAUUGGCUACGGCCGGGGCAACAGCAGCCGCGGCUACGGCAAGGCCAACAACGGCACCAUCGUCUUGGGCGUCGACUACAAGACGGUCAACCCUGCCAAUGGCCGCAGGUCGGUCCGCGUCACCUCGCAGCAGUCCUUCACCCACGGCCUCUUCCUCGCCGACAUUGCCCACAUGCCCAACGCCGCCUGCGGUGUCUGGCCCGCCUUUUGGAUGUUUGGCCCCAACUGGCCCACGUCGGGCGAAAUCGACAUCAUCGAGGGCGUCAACCUGCAGGACAAGGGCACCGUCACCCUCCACACGUCGCCCGGCUGCACCAUGUCCAACGAGGGUACCCUGUCGUCGACGUACCUCAAGGAUGGCGACUGCGGCGCCAGCGGCACCAGCGCCGGCUGUGGUCAGCAGACGGCCGACACGCAAAACUACGGCGACGGCUUCAACGCCAUCCGCGGCGGCGUCUACGCCACCGAGUGGACCUCGGAGCACAUUGCCGUCUGGUUCUUCCCCCGCUCCGCCAUCCCCCGCGACGUCGCUUCGGGCCAGCCCAACCCCGAGACGUGGGGCCAGCCCAUGGCUCGCUUCGCCGGCGGCUCCGGCUGCGACAUUGACUCGCACUUUUCCAACAACCAGCUCGUCUUUGACACGACGUUUUGCGGCGACUGGGCGGGCAACCCCGACGUCUGGGGCUCGGACAAGACGUGUGCCGCAAAGGCCGCCACCUGCAACGAUUACGUGGCCGCCAACCCGGGCGAGUUCCGCGACGCCUUUUGGGAGAUUAACUCGGUCAAGGUCUUUCAGCAGGGGCAAUCUGGCGGCCAGAAGCCCCAGCCGACGCAAUGGCCUCCCAAGACGACGGGGCAACCUCUGCAGACGCAGCGGCCCCAGCCGACGUAUCAGCCCCCGCAGCCUCAUCAUACUCAGCAGCCGCAGAGCGGCUCGGGCGACCAGGGCUACGGGUAUCAGCCCGCGCAACCCUUUCAACCGCAGCGCUGGAGGGCUUGA